AUGGGCAUCUGCACAAGCAAGGGAAAAUACUCACCCCAGUACGAUCGUUACGAAAACCAAGCAAAAGCCCCUGCUCAACACGCUCACCGGUCGCCGGAAAAUUACCACCCAGAAGCGACGGCGGCGAAGUCAUCGGGUCCUCCCAAAAGCCCCAGACACAAUAUUUUGAGGUCUGAUACGAUUCUAGGGAAGCCGUUCGAGGAUGUUAAGCUGCAUUACACGAUUGGGAAAGAAUUGGGGAGAGGGCAAUUUGGGGUGACUUAUCUUUGCACUGAGAAUUCCUCGGGUAAGCAAUAUGCUUGUAAGUCCAUUUCGAAGAGGAAGCUUGUGACCAAAAAUGAUAAGGAUGAUAUUAGAAGGGAGAUUCAUAUUAUGCAGCAUUUGAGUGGCCAACCCAACAUAGUUGAGUUCAAGGGAGCUUAUGAAGAUAAGCAAUCGGUUCAUUUGAUCAUGGAGCUUUGCGCUGGAGGCGAGCUGUUUGAUAGAAUUAUUGCUAAGGGCCAUUACAGUGAGAAAGCAGCUGCCUCAAUCUGCAGGUCCAUUGUUAAUGUGGUUCAUAUCUGCCAUUUCAUGGGGGUGAUGCACAGGGACCUCAAGCCUGAGAACUUUCUGCUUGCUAGCAAAGAGGAAAAUGCUAUGCUCAAAGCAACCGAUUUUGGAUUGUCUGUUUUCAUUGAAGAGGGAAAGGUGUACAAAGACAUUGUAGGGAGUGCUUAUUACGUCGCCCCUGAAGUAUUACGUCGUAGAUAUGGGAAAGAAAUUGACAUUUGGAGUGCUGGAGUCAUGUUGUACAUACUACUCAGUGGUGUACCUCCAUUUUGGGCAGAAACUGAGAAGGGCAUAUUCGAUUCAAUAUUGCAAGGACAUCUCGACUUUGAAACUGAUCCAUGGCCGAAAAUUUCUAACAGUGCCAAGGACCUAGUGAAGAAGAUGUUAAAUCCAGACGCAUCCAAAAGGCUUACGUCGGCUCAGGUUCUUGAGCAUCCAUGGUUGAGAGAAGGCGGAGAUGCAUCUGAUAAGCCAAUAGACAGUGCAGUAUUUACAAGGCUCAAGCAAUUUAGAGCUAUGAACAAACUGAAGAAACUUGCUCUGAAGGUUAUAGCUGAAAAUCUAUCUGAGGAAGAGAUUCAAGGCCUGAAGUCAAUGUUCAUGAACAUGGAUACUGACAAGAGUGGAACCAUCACUUAUGCAGAACUGAAGUCUGGACUGGCCCGGCUUGGCUCAACACUAAGUGAGGCUGAGGUCAAACAACUUAUGGAAGCGGCCGACGUGGAUGGAAACGGUACAAUCGAUUACAUCGAAUUCAUCACUGCUACGAUGCAUAGAUACAAGCUAGAAAAAGAGGAACAUCUUUACAAAGCCUUCCAGCAUUUUGACAAGGACAACAGUGGUUAUAUCACAAGAGAGGAACUGAGAGCUGCAAUGAAAGAUUACGGGAUGGGCGACGAAGAGACCAUUAACGAAAUCAUAUCUGAAGUCGAUGCAGACAAUGAUGGAAGAAUCAACUAUGAUGAGUUCUGUACAAUGAUGAGAAGUGGAACCCAACAAGUCAAACUCUUUUAAGAUUGGUGUGGAAAAGGCUUUCCCCAAAAUCCAGACUACGCCCGAAACAUUGGUUUUGGGUUAUAAUGUGUGAUAUAAUCUUUUAAUAGCAAUUGAAUUGUUGUUCAUAUGUUUCUGUA